UUGGCAAGCUUUUCCGCUCUCCCUCAUGUGCCAUCAGCUGGCUCCAGAUCAGUUUUUAUUUUGGCAGCAUGGAGAACGCCAAGAACGGCCCCCCCAAGACCUUGAAAUACAAGCCGCUUGUUCGCAUUGGGAUUGCCGUCCUGGUGCUGCACACAGUCUGCUGGUUGGGAUGGAAUGCGGUGAAUCCUGGAGCAGAGUCUAGCAAUGCGGCGGCCACAGCCAAUGCCCAUCAUGAACGCUUGCGGGCGGCCAUCGAACAGAAGUGACCUGACUGUGACGUAAUGGCCAACAAGUUUUGAUAAAUGUGAACUGAUAUGUGAUUAUAACAGUAAACAAGAAGUGCAAUUAACCGAAAAAUGGAACAGAAAUGAAUUUGUGUGGAAGGAACAUAGAGAGAGAGAGAGGGAGGGAGAGAUCAACAAAGUGCAAGAAGCUUUUCCGCUCUCGAUCUCUAUGAAAUGCUUGCUUAAA